AGAGCUCAAUAAUUCACAUGAACUCGAAGUCAAUGAUCUUUAUGUUAUAUAAUCUUGAAGGACUAUGAGCUUUUUCCUCACAAUUCAAUCUCACUCACAAUAUUAGCAAAUUAAAAUCAAAUAUACAACAAAAUGUGUGACUGUAACGCUGCACUUGCCUGCGCUCGUGAUCAUUUGCUUCCACUAUUAAAGGUAGCAUUCAACAUGAUUAGGGGUGUCCCAAAAGAAAUUGCAGAUUUGAAAGAUGAACUAGAGAGCAUGGAAGACUUCAUCAGCAAUGAAGAUAGAUUCGCUGAUGAAGAAGAAGACAAAAAAAGAAGUGAUGCAAUCAAAGCAAGGAUGAAGAAGCUAAUAGAAGCAUCUUUUGACAUAGAAGAUGUCAUUGAUGAUUAUAUCUUCCAUGAGGAACAACAAGCUCCUGAUCCUGGAUGUGCCGCUGGUGCCACAAACUGUGUCAAAACUAUGGCUCACCGUCUCCAAAUAGCCUACACGAUUCAGAACAUCAAAUCCCGAAUGAGUGAAAUAAAAGAUACAAGUGAAAAAGAUCAAGCCUUCCGUCUCCAAUCUUCUUCGGAUAAAGCAUCAAGUAGUUCUGCACCAAACAUAAACAAUUCAUUAUUUCAGAACCUUCGACAGGCUCCAUUUCAUAUGAAUGAAGCUGAUGUCGUGGGCUUUGAAGAGCCCAAACGCAUAUUGUUUAAUUGGCUGGUGAGGGGAAGAGUAGAGCGUGCAGUUGUCUCUAUUGUAGGAAUGGGAGGGCAAGGAAAAACUACUCUGGCCAAGAAAGUUUUUGAGAACAUCAAAGUCUUAAAACAAUUUGACUGUCAUGUAUGGAUCACAGUGUCUCAAUCAUACAGUAAAGAAAAAUUGUUGAGGGACAUUUUGCUCGAGAUUUACAAACAACAAGGGAAAGAUCCUCCUCAGAGUAUAUAUGAAAUGAACGGAGAGCCGUUGAUUGAUGAAGUGAUAAAACAGUUGCAGCAAAAAAGGUACUUUGUCGUGUUUGACGAUGUAUGGAACUUAAAUAUUUGGAAUGAUAUUGAAUUUGCUAUGAUUGAUAACUUAAAUGGUUCUAAGGUAUUAAUCACAACAAGGAAAAUGAAUGUUGCAAAUUCUUUUAAGAGAUCUUCUUUUGUUGAAGUACAUGAACUUCAAGGUUUAACUGAAGAAAAAUCUUUAGAAUUGUUCAAUAAGAAGGCAUUCCAUAACUUGAGUGGAUGUUGUCCACAAAAUCUUAUUGAUAUAUCUUCCAAAAUUGUUAAAAAAUGCAAAGGAUUACCUCUAGCAAUUGUAGUCACUGGUGGUCUUUUAUCUUGCAAAGAUAGAAAUCCUACUGAAUGGUACAAGUUUAGUGAAAAUAUAAAUGCAGAUCAGUCAAAUGAAUAUUCCAUAAUAAGAAAAAUUCUAGGAUUUAGUUACCAUGAUUUGCCUUACUACCUCAAGUCGUGUUUCUUGUAUUUUGGAUUAUAUCCUGAAGACUAUAUAGUUCGUUCAAAAACAUUGACUCGCCAAUGGAUUGCUGAAGGGUUCGUGAAAGAAGAGAGGGGAAGGACAUUGGAAGAUAUUGCAAAAGGAUAUUUAAUAGAGUUGGUCAAUAGAAGUUUGGUGCAUGUAGUUUCAAUAAGUAUUGAUGGAAGAGUAAAAAGUUGUCGUGUUCAUGAUUUAGUGCAUGCAAUGAUCCUUGAGAAAUAUGAGGAUUUAAGUUUUUGCAAGAAUAUUACUGAGGACAAUCAAUUUUCUUUAACUAGAGUGACUCGACGCCUAUCAAUGGCAACCAGUUCUUAUAAUCUAAUGGAAGGUAUUGAAAGCUCACAUGUUCGAUCACUGCUAGUUCUCGAACCUAAUACAUUACCUAAAUCCUUUGUAAGGGCGAUCCCUGCAAAAUAUAGGCGGUUGAAGGUACUUGCUUUAAGCUCAAAACAACUUGAAAUUCCUCAUGAUUUGGGAAGUUUGAACCACUUGAAAUUUUUUGGGUUCAGGGUGAUUGGAGAAAAAUAUUCUGAACUUCCAAAAUCCAUUGGCAUGCUCGUGAACCUAGAGACUUUGGAUUUAAGAUCUACAGAGUUUGAAAAUCGUAAUAUGCCAAAGGAGGUUUGCAAGCUUAGAAAGCUACGUCAUUUUUUAGGCGAUUCUCUGUCUUUGAUUCAUUUGAAGGAUGGUAUUGGAGGCAUGACAUCGCUACAAACUCUAAGUAAAGUUAAAUUAGAUGAUGGUGAAGAUGAAAAUGAUAAUAGGGUAGUAGAGCUAAUCAUAGAGCUAGGAAAGCUAACACAGCUUAGGGAAUUGGGCUUGGUUGUUGUUAGUGGUAAAUAUAUGAGUGCUAUAUCUUCCUCAAUCAAUAAGAUGCAUGAACUAGAGAGACUGCAUAUUUUUGGAAUCAAAUUAGACAUUUUCAUUGAUCUGGAUUUGAAUUCACCCCCACCUAGGCUUGAACGUGUUAAACUCUUUGGAUAUUCAAAUAAGUUUCCUGAGUGGAUUUCAAAACUCCAAAAUCUUGUUAAGCUGGAUUUGCCACGUUUGAAGGAAGUGAAUGAUGCAAUGAAAUUACUUCAAAGUAUGCCAAACUUGUUGUCCCUCCAUAUCUCUGGUGUUCCUGAUUAUGAAGACAAAUUGGAAAGGUUACAUUUUGAAGAUGGAUGGUUUAUGAAUUUGAAGGAACUAUAUCUUCGUGAUUUCUGUAGCUUGAGUAACAUCCUUAUUGACGAAGGUGCAUUGGGUUCUCUGAAAAAGCUCACUUUAUGGUACAUUCCCCUGUUGAUGACGUUACCAACUGGCAUUCAACACUUAAAGCUUGAUGUUCUCAGUCUUGUUGAUAUGAAAAGGAAACUUGUAAGGAGCAUUGAUCCUGAUGAAGGAGAAAAGCAUUUGAUCUUCAAGCAAGUGCCCUCUAUAGAAAUAUUUUUUACAACAAUUGAUAGAGCGCGGGGCGUAUACUAGAGAGCAUUGUUCCUGAUGAAGGAGAAGUGCAUUGGAUCUUCGAGUGGAAAAAAUGGUGAUAGUUAUCAUCAGUGGAUUUCAGAUUCAAGUGGACUAUUAUAUCAGCAUUGCUUCUUUCUGUUUCUGUUUUGGCACUUCCCUUCCUCAAUAAAAAAGAAUGUGUUGUUUUUCAUUGUUAUUAAGAUGUAUAAUAUAUGUUGUGAGAUCUUUUCCUUUGAAUGAUUGUAAGAAAUUAAUAUGUUGUGUGAACUUUGCUUAUCUUGGUUGUUGUUUUUACUUAUCUUAGGAUUUGUGACUCCUUUUCUUUGUAUUUUGUUAUGUAUUACUUAUCUUGUUUUUACUUA